CUCACUCUUCCUCUCUCCCCAACACUCUCUCCUCAGCGCUUCCUUUCUCUUGGCCCGGGUGUCUCUGUGACCCUGUCCCCAGAUCCUGACUGCCACCAUGGCGUGCCCCCUGGAGAAGGCCCUCGAUGUGAUGGUGUCCACAUUCCACAAGUACUCGGGCAAGGAGGGUGACAAGUUCAAGCUCAACAAGUCUGAGCUAAAGGAGCUGUUGACCCGAGAGCUGCCCAGCUUCUUGGGGAAAAGGACGGAUGAAGCUGCCUUCCAGAAGCUGAUGAGCAACCUGGACAGCAACAAGGACAACGAGGUGGACUUCCAGGAGUACUGCGUCUUCCUGUCCUGCAUCGCCAUGAUGUGCAACGAAUUCUUCGAGGGCUUCCCCGAUAAGCAGCCCCGGAAGAAAUGAAGGCUCCUCAGAUGUUGCGGGGUGGGGGUGGGGUGCCAGCUGGGGUCUUCCCUGUUGGCGGUGGGUACAGUGACUCACACUGGCUCCUCCAGACGUGAGCACAAUACUGAAAAAGUUCAAUAAAGAGUCUUGAAAGUUG